AUUCUUCCUCAUCAACGGCACUCUCUCCUCUCACUCCUUCGUUAACUUCUAAAGAAAUCUCCGUUUUAGAUCACAUCGACGUUAUCUAGCGCUGUUAAUAAAUCUGCGUUUCAGUUUCUUCUCCGUUCGAAAUUCCGGAUUAUCCAUUUUCCGAUUCGGAAAAUCCCAGUUUAUGCUGCAAUUGUGAUAGCAUCUCCUUCUGAUUGGAGAAACAUCAAUGAAGAAGCUCUUCUUUUUUAGAUCUUCGUCUGGUAAUGGAACUGAUAAACAGGUUCACUGCGAAAAAGCUGCAGAUAGUAAGAUGAAAACACAAGCUAGUAAUCGGAUGGAACAAGAGUUCCAUAGUCCCAAGUCACAGGGUCCAGCUCUUAGACGAAGCCUUUCAUUGUCCUCGGCAGGAUUCCUUUUUGAUAAGUUUGGAGAAACUUCCACGAAUGACCAAACUACCUCUUCUAAAAGCCAGGAUAGGCAGCGGAAUCAUUCAUCUCGAUGCUUUACUCCAGAAAGACAAGUUAGAGAGAGGCAGUUUGAAGCAGACAAGUUUCAACAUGAUUCAUCUGGGAGUUCGUCAACUUGUUCUAGUAAUGUCUCUAGUAAAGUUCUGGACCGUUAUAUCGAUGGAGAAGAGCAUUUAGAACAGUGCAAGCAAAAGAGUAGUUCUUCACACAGCGAUGUCUCUGGCAGCAUAACCCGAAGGAGGCUUCCACCCCGCGUCCAGUGGACAGUCCCCACAUCACCAUCAGACACUUUAAAUGACAAACGAAAGUCCCACUCGUUUAGAGAAGCUAAAGGAACCCGCUUUCGUUCCUCUUCUACUGAUUUUGUGGAAAAUGGAUCGAGGCUUGGAUCGCCUCGUUCGCUUGCAAGAAAUGUCAUUGAAAGACUCUCUCAGACUCAUGGCAAGUCAAAGGGGUCAAAUCAUGAACCCAUCACUAUUCAAGAUGUCUACGGUGGGUCCCUUGAUAGAACUUUUGACUCGAGCUCAGAUGUCGCAGCCAAUGUUUCACUGGCUGAACAGUAUGAACCUAUGAACGAAUAUUAUGCGCAUGGCUAUGGAAAGCACCAUCAAAAUCAUAUACAUGGUAAGAACAUGUAUAGGUGUAUGGAAGAGGAUAUUGACUCAGAGCUGGAAAUGAAAAUUAAUGAAGCUGAGAAGAGAGUGAUAUUGUUUUCUGAAGAAUUGGAGCAGCAGAGGUGCCUUUCAGACUGUGACUUUGAUGUUUCAUCUUUGGUUGGGGCGAUUAGAAAACUCGAAGAUGAGAGGCUCAACUUGGCAUCUGAGAAUGUAAAUCUUUUGCGCUCCCAAUUGGUUGAGAGGGCUGCUGCCAGGGAAGAAAUGAGACGGGUGAAGUCAGAUUGGGACUUGCAUAUACAGAGAAUAGAAAAGGAGAGGAGCGAGUUGCAGGCUGGAUUGGAGAAAGAGCUUGAUAGAAGGUCAGGUGAGUGGACUUCAAAGCUCGAAAAAUUCCAGCUUGAAGAGAGGAAGCUGCGAGAGCGUGUCAGAGAGCUUGCUGAGCAAAAUGUCUCACUCCAGAGAGAACUAUCGGCUUUCCACGAAAAUGAGACAGAGAACAAAGACAUGAUAACACAUUUGGAGAGAAGAGCUGCAGAGCUGACCACGACAGCAGAUGAAUUGCAUGAAGAGAACUCUUAUCUUAAGCAAACUCUCUCCCAGUUACAAGAGAGUUACGCAGGUGCUACAGAAGAUAUUGAAUUUUUAAGAAGAAACUUCGAAGAGAAGGAUCAAGAAUGCAAGGAGUUGCACAAAUCAGUUGCUAAGUUUCUGAGAACCUGCACAGAACAAGGGAAGACAAUCGAGGGUCUUCGAGAUGGGGUCUCCGAGGAGAGUAAAAAGCAACCGUCAGAGAAAUUGGACCAGUUGGUCAAGAAAUUGCAGGUGGAGCAACUAAGGUUGACAGGGAUCGAGCUUUCACUUAGAAGGGAAAUGGAAUCAAUGAAGCUCGAAACUGACUCUCUUCGCCAUGAGAAUAUCUGUCUGUUGAAUCGAUUGAAAGGAAAUGGCGAAGAAAUAGACAUUACAAGUCUUAAGCUAGAGAAUGAGUUGAAGAUGCGUAUCUGCUACCUGCAAGACCAAGGACUGUCAAUGUUAAAUGAGAGCAACCAGCUUUGUUACAAGUUACUGAAGUUCAUUAAAGGGAAAUUAACUCAGUUUCCGGAAAUCUGUCAAGACACGGAUUCAAUGAAGGACGGAUUGAGUGAGCAGUUUAUCAUUGAAUCUGAAAUGAAAGUCCAUGGAAUAAGGCGUGGAACUGAAAACCUGAAGAGGAGUUUGCACACGGUAACCAGUGUAGUGGCUUCAAAUUCAGAACCAUCUUGCUCAAGUACUGGUAGGCCAAAGGAGCAAAGAAAACAAUCAGUUGAAGAAACUAUGCGAGCCGAACUGAGAGCUGAGACCCUAGUCACAAGUUUAUUACGGGAGAAACUGUAUUCCAAGGAACAAGAAAUUGAACAGCUGCAAGCAGAACUAGCAGCAGCAGUACGAGGCAAUGAGAUUCUGAGAUGUGAGGUCCAAAGCACUUUAGACAACCUAUCAGUGAAGACCCAUGAAUUAAAAGACCUUAAGCUCCAGAUGUUGAAGAAGGAUGAAAACAUAAACCGGCUUGAAAUAAAUCUCCAGGAAGCUGCGAAAGACAUAGGGAGCUUGAAAACAGUAUUACCAAAGAUGUCUGAUGAAAGAGAGCAGAUAUGGAGAGAGUUGAGACAAUGCUGUGAGAAAAACAUGCUCUUGAACUCAGAGAAUGAGACGUUGAAAGGGAUGAUGGAGAAAUUGGAGGAGAAGGUGUUAGAGAAAGAAGGAGAGAUCACAAUACUACAAGACACAAUCGGAAGCAAGCAUCUCAACAUCCUCGCAAGUCCUGAUUUCUUGGUAUAAUAAGUCUUCUCUGUUCAUACUUUUCAGAGUUGUCCAGAAUUUGGUUUCUUUCACACCUUUUUACAUCGUUUUCGAUGAUGGGUGGUUAUUCUUUGGGACUUAUAGAUAUGAUUUUAUAUUCUUUUUUUUUUCUUUUUGGAUUUUUAUGAAAUGGAAAGUUUGUCAAAU